UGCCAGCAGCAUCGACAUGUCUACACAGUUUACCUAAAAACCAAACAACACCGAUGUUACGACGAGAACACUGACACAACACGAAAUCGUUCUGACAAGCGAAAAACAAACAUUUUUACGAAAACAGAUUAAUUACACAAGCGGCAUAAUGCUUUUCUACUCAUUUUUCAAGUCAUUGGUCGGCAAGGAUGUUGUUGUGGAACUGAAAAACGAUUUAAGUAUCUGCGGCGCCCUACAUUCUGUGGAUCAAUAUCUGAACAUUAAACUGACCGACAUCAGUGUAACCGAUCCGGAAAAGUAUCCUCAUAUGCUGUCAGUGAAGAAUUGUUUCAUUCGUGGCUCGGUUGUGCGAUACGUUCAAUUGCCCGGCGAUGAAGUUGAUACACAGUUGCUGCAGGAUGCUGCCAGAAAAGAAGCGGUCACAACGCGAUAAGUCUGUGUAGUGGUGGCGGUAUUGAAGCGAUUAAUUUAAGGAAUUUGAUUUUUGGUGAAGAAUACAUUCUAAUUUUUGGAUCAAA